GUCAGGCGGUCGGCGCGCCGCGAUUGGCCGCGAGGGGUUCCGGCUCGCCAAAUAAGGCAGCGGGGCUCCCCGGGGCCCAUUCAUACGGCGGCGACGGUCCGCGAGUGCGUACGUCGCAGACACACGGAUGGGGACUCCCUAGCCGUCAUGACGAUGGACGGCCUGGACACGCUGUCUCGCGACUGCCUCCAGUUCAACCUGAGUUUUGAAUCGUUCAAGGCGACCGGCGCCAGCGGCCUCGCGCCACCCGAGGGCUCCGACGACCCGCUGAACACGCCCGUGUCUACGACCGCCGAGCUGAUCACCUUCUUCGCCACCGAUGCGGUCAUUCCCGACCCCGUGCCCAUCUCAGGUGAGCCGGCCCACCGCUGGCCCGAGAGACCCGCGAGCCCACUGCGCGAUGCGGAGCAGCCGAAGGACCCGUACGGCCGGCUCGCCUACCGCGGCACGUUCACCACGGCUUGGCCCGGCCCCGACGCGGCGCCGUUCUUCGAGCAGCCCGAGCCCUUCCCUCCGCUCGACUCGUUCAAAGCCGCCCCGUACACGGCCGAGCCCGAGCCGGCCAAGUACCCCUGGUUCGCCUACGAGCACGCACCCCCUGCGGCAGCCUCCUCUUCAUCGUCGGCGGCGGCGGCCAAGCCCGAGGAGCCGACGGCGACACUCGCCGAGUACAACCAGGCUACCAGCAAGGGCCACGAAAUCCUGAGCCAGGCGUACCAGAACAGCCCGGUGCCACUCAAGCUGGUGCCAGUCAAGCCCCGAAAGUACCCAAACCGGCCGAGCAAAACGCCCGUGCACGAGAGGCCGUACGCGUGCCCCAUCGAGGGCUGCGACCGGCGGUUCUCGCGCUCCGACGAGCUGACGCGCCACAUCCGCAUCCACACGGGGCAGAAACCGUUCCGCUGCAACAUCUGCCUGCGCUCCUUCUCGCGAUCCGACCACCUCAACACGCACAUUCGGACUCACACGGGCGAAAAGCCCUUCACCUGCGAUGCGUGCGGCCGAAAGUUCGCGCGCUCCGACGAGCGAAAGCGACACGGGAAAGUGCAUCUCAAGCAUCGGCUCAAGAAGGAGGACCACCCGUGAGGCCGCGAGCCACCCUUGUACAUAGUGCUCUGUACAUACCCCGACCCCAUCUCUCAUCUCCCCGAAUAAAACGGUGCGCAUCGA